GCCUCCUCCACAAAUACAUCUCAGCGCUGAUGUUGAAAUUUCAGUCUGUGUCUGAUGGUCAUCAUGUUCAACCGAGACCAUGCGGCUCUGCUCUCCAUUCAGCUAUAUGUUAUGUGUCAGGUCUAUGCAGAGAUUCUUUCAGACACAGCUGAGUACAGGAAUAUGCUGGUGUCCAGAGGAGACUUCGUCAUCCUCACUUGCAACAUAUCAACAUCAAAUGCAACACAAAUCCACUGGACCAAAGGCAGUUCUGUUUUUUCUUAUCUAGUCUUAACCAAUAAGACCGUUUCAAAUUUCACCUCUCACAAAAUAGACGUAAACCUACCUACAAAGCUGAAUAUUUCUAAUGUUCAGCAUGAUGAUACAGGACUCUAUAAAUGUGUUAUUACUGGCAAAAGAGGUUCAUGGACUGUUAAGUGGAAUUUAACGGUGUCUAGGGAAUCUGAAGAAAACAGUCAACUGUGGUCUUUUCUACACAUACUCACAGCUGUAACUGGAUUGAUUUGUGUCUUCACUUCAGCUGCAGUCUGCCUCUACAGAAAACUCAGGGCCAGAACACCAAACCAGAACCCAGUCCAGGAGCAGUUGGAUCUUCAGUCAGAACGAGAGGUGGGUCUCCCUCAGCCGCAGGGUGUCACAGAAGGUAGAUUUUACAAGGACAGGAGUCAGUACACGGAGAGGCUCAAUUCAAUCUACGGUCUCUAGUGAGCUGACAAGGCAUUUAAAUGAAAAAUACAACAUUUGCGAGAUGGAUAUUAUUUUAAGGAGUUAUGACGUUGCGUUGAAGCGAGGUGCUGCCCCGCCUUUGUCCCCGUGGUCAGAGCCAGAGACGGAACGGACUACAUCUGUGUCUCAACCAUAGAUAGUAAAAGAAGGUCCCAACACGUGACGUCAGCGCGGACAGCAGUGUGUCCGAGCGGCUGACAGAAGAAAGAAGAAACAUGUCGGGAAUUAAUGCUGAGGCUUGUUACACAUAAUGUCAUUGCAUUUUAUCAGCCGUGGAGAGUAACUUUGCCUGUAGUGGAAUGGCUUCGAAUGACGACC